CCCACCCCGUCACACAUGGACCGGGUGCCCGCCCGCCCGCGCAUGCGCCCGGCGCCCACGGGCUCAGGUAACAAGGCUGCGUCUCUAUUGUUGGCAGCCGUGGCAAGUCUUUCCCAAAAUGAAUCGCACAUGCAUCAGUUUUUUGGGAUUCAAGCUCGGUGGAAAGUUUUUAUGCAGUCUCUUAGGAAUAAUAUGCAAUUUGGAGUUUUAAGGGAACAUGAGGAAACAGUACCAGAGCUGAACAAAAAUCCUGUUGAUGGUUUCUCUGCUGGAUUGAUAGAUGACAAUGACCUAUACAGGUGGGAAGUACUUAUCAUCGGUCCCCCUGACACUCUAUAUGAAGGUGGUGUGUUCAAAGCUCAUCUCACCUUCCCUAAAGACUAUCCCCUCAGGCCACCCAAGAUGAAAUUCAUCACAGAAAUCUGGCACCCAAAUGUUGAUAAGAACGGUGAGGUAUGUAUCUCUAUACUUCACGAGCCUGGUGAGGAUAAAUAUGGAUAUGAAAAACCUGAAGAACGUUGGUUGCCAAUCCACACCGUGGAGACUAUUCUUAUCAGUGUGAUUUCCAUGUUAGCAGAUCCAAAUGGAGACUCACCGGCCAAUGUGGAUGCAGCAAAAGAGUGGAGGGAAGACCGCAAUGGAGAAUUCAAAAGGAAAGUUGCACGUUGUGUAAGAAAAAGUCAGGAGACUGCAUUUGAAUGAAUUGAUUUGCCAGGAAGCUCAAUUCAGGGUCUUCGAUUAAGAACAAACGGCACUGUUGACUUUCUGCACUUAAGCCACCAACUGUUGGACUUCAAACUAGUAAAGGUUGAAAAUCCUGGAUUGGUGUUGUGGAGCGAUGGGUGAAUUUUGCCAUCAUUGUGAAGAAAAGACCAUUGUGCCAACUUUGGGGGGUGGGCAGGGGAUGAAAACAAUGAUGCAUCAGGAUUCCUGUGAACUGCUUUGAUCUUCAGGAGUAAUUGUAAAGAACUGUACAUAGCACAUUAUCUGGAUAUUCUAUAUACAGUACUUAGAUGCCCACAAUAUGCAUUGUACCAAAUUAUAGCUUAGUUAGAAAAUUGUGUAAAUUCUUAAAAUUAGGGGGCUUUGUGCAUUCAUUUUUCUUAAUUUACUAUUAAAAGUUUUUAAAAAAAAAAAUGAGUCCUGCACUGUAAAAAGGUGCAUUUCUCCGUUUUAAAAAUGGAUUUCACAGUAAAUGUUUUACCAGCUGCUCUGGCACUGCAUUAACACCUGGGUGCCCUCCAAUAUUUUGACCAUAUUACAGAUAUUUGUGUAUUGAAGAUGCUGAUACGUCUGGUUUUACAGUGAUGGGUUAAAGUUUAUACCUGAAUUUGUAAUUGGGCAGGUGAAUUCAUUGGUCUUCACCACCUAAGUGAUGAACCAAGUUUUCCUGAAGCUUGUUUUUUUUUGUGUGGAGUAGGUUUGCAUGUUUAGGUGUAGACUUUCACCCUUCCAUGUGGGAAAUUGGAGAAUUUUUGCUAUUGAAAAUGCUGUUGUGUUUUUCUUUCUAGCUAUACUGCAGAUUUUCUGCCUGAUGUACAAAGACAAAUGGUGAUGUAUAUUUUCAUGUAAUUUGAUUUUUGGAAUUCUGUCACAUGUAGUGAAAGUUCUUCCAAAAUACAAUUCUUUUUCAAUAAGAGUUUGUGGAUUUCAAUUAUGUAAAGGCUUUCAGGUGCACCUGGUUUUGUUAUAUACACAAAUUGCUAUUAAUUUUAAAACCAGGAUGCAAAAAGAUUGAACUCUAACUAAGCCACCAUAUUUUAAUACAGGAGCUUGUUUCUCCAAAGGUAACAGUGGGUUUGAACAGUUUUAAGGCUAUGGGCUUAAAAUCUAGUGAUCUAUUGUGAAUCUCCUGUGCAGGAUCAUAAAUAUCUGCUCCAAGAUAUUCAGAAUGGCAGGUGUGCAAAAGCAUGACUGGUAUAACCUUGUGCUGUUUUCUUGGUUGUCCUUGUGAAUAUUGUACUUAAAUGAAGCUUGCACUGUGACUUUUUAAAUCUAACUUUUGUUUGCCUGAAAUGGGCAAUAUAAAUCUAGGAAGUGGAGAAGUUUUAAUAGUGAGAACUAUAACUUAAAUUUAGCACUGGUUUGAAACUUCUGGGAACUGAUGUAAUUGCAAAUUAAGGUACACUAGGUUUUUGAAUCAAAAUGUAAAACUAUUUUUGAUCUGAUUAUGCCUAUAGCUUUUUUUCAUUAUUGAAGGCUCCUGAAACUGGGAAAAGACAUAAAUUUGUAGGGGAAGAUAAAAUGGCUUUGGGUAUUUAGGGCUCUGAUUAAACAAGUUGCUUAAGUUGCAACAUUUAUCAAAACCAAGAAACAAGUAUCUAACUUUUUUUAAACAUCCUAGUUUUUAUUCCUUGUAUGUUCAGAGGUACAUUAUUUCAGAUUUCAAAAUACUGGAAGGAAACCAGAACAAGGGUAUACCCUGUACAAUUUGAGCUACUGGCUAUAUAAGGAAACAUGAUAUUUGCAUCAAAGGGCUUAUUUCAUGUUGGUGCUCUACAAUAGAAGGGUAUCAAAUUUUGGAAAUGACCAUGAAUAUGCUAAUAAAUUCUUAUCCAAUUCUUUAUGCAAAUUUGAAGCUCUGCUAUUAUGUUGGCAAUCAUAUUAGUGAUAUUUGGUGCUAUUAAGCUACAUGAUUUAAUAGCCUGCAAGAUUUGAUCAUGUCAUCCAAGCCAAGAAACUACAUGUGUCCUGUCUGCUAGAAAUAACUUGGUGCAAUAUCCCAUUGCUGUGUCAUGUAUUACUUGCAAAGGCAGUUGUUUUAAAAGAUUGAUGUAGUGCUGAUAUUUUAUUUACUUUUUUAAACUCUGAAAUUCUUAUCAAAUUCAAGAGAACAUGUUAAAUGCAGACUUGUGUAGCACGUUAAUGCUUUAUUUAAAAAAUGUCCAUAUGGUUAUAUCAGAACACUAAAAUGGUCAAUUUGUGAAAUGGGCAAGUGUGAUGCUAUAUGCAGCAGUACAGACUGUUUCCUGAAUGUAUUUAAACUUUGACACUUAGAUUUGAACUCAAGAAUCUGUCGUCUGAGAACAGUAAUACAAGCAGGUAAAACCCUUGUUUGCUCCACCAUUAGUGUUAUGGCUUCUGUCUCUGAGUGUGAAGUUUUUGGAUGUCUAAAAAAUCUAUUUAAUUUGUACUUUUCUGGGGGGAGGAGGGGAAGAAUUUCAAAGGCUCGGUCUUCUAGGUCUUGCACUGGUUAUGAAUAAUCUCCCAAAAGUCUUGGUUAGAAAGAAUGGUAACAGCACUUAAUAUUACUUAAAUAUCAAUGCUUAAAACUUGGAAAUCUAGGUGAUUUGGCAGAAGAUAUGAAAGUUAAGUUCUGAGGAGUAAGAACUGGCAGGAAAUUGUUCAGAAUUGAAGUGUAGGUCAUUUUUCAUGGGAUGUGGUAGAGAUCAUUAAGGUAUAAGUGAACAUUUUAAACAGAUAAUGGUGGCUUUAGUGAACAGGACAGAUCAGUUUUUCUGGGGUCAAAUUUUUUUGCACUGACAUUCAUUGGGGCUUUUUGGCUUUUCAUGUAAGUGUUGAAAUUCAUUUUACAUCUACAUGAAGUGGGCUCCUUUUGAGAGUAUUUGAAGAGCUGACUGAUCUUGCAGGACCUGCAAUUAUUUGCACUCUGAGUAAGGAUCUGGGACGCUUUCACAUUUGAAAAUCGUUAUUGGAUUACAAUUAAACCUACUGCCAAGCAUUUUAACUUGAAAUUUAGAUCCUUUCCUGGUAUUGCUGAGAUCACAUUAAAAUCAAUAGUUUAUGGGCCAGUUGUUGAGCAACUGAAGGAGGUGAGAAAAAACAAAUGUAAAAUUAGUACACUAGCAAGAAGAUCAUGUUUUUGAUCAUAAAAUGCAAUAAAGGAAAUUUGUGGCUGAACCUAUUUAUUUGGGUUGUGCAAAGUAUGCAUUUCUAACAGGCAUGAACAUCGAAGUCUCAAACUUGUGAUAACUGCUGCACCUGUCCUCUCCUUUCCCCUCCACUCUCUCCAUCUGCCCAUCACCAUACUUCUCCCACAGCUUCCUGUCUUCACUUCCCAGUAUAAAUUAAUGUAAAAGGAAGUUUCCCUUUUUCCUGGACAGCUAUAAAGGUAAAAUCCUUCAUAAAUAUCUCUCCAGCUCCUGAUUAUAAAUUUGAAAAUUCAAUUUUGAAGUAUAAUUUGUACAAUUUGAAGAAUAAAAUUAAGAAGAUAAUGAUUUAAGUAGACCAACACAAUUUAUUAUUUUAAACUCAUGAGCCAGGACGGGAGGGGGUGGAGAGAGGGAACCUACAGUCACAACAUGGGAUUGCUGCUUCCUAGAUGUAAAAAUCAGAUCACAAAAAUCAGAUUUCUAGCGGUGGCAGAAGGGAAAAUAAGAUGUAUAAAAUGUUAUUGGCAAUGGAAAUCCAACAUGCCUGACUUUGCUGAAGUACUUUUACCCUAGAAUGAGGGUGGGUAAGGAAAGUAUAUGUGUGGUUUUAGUAGACCCUUCAUCUCUAAGGCAAUGAAAAGGAUUGGAGCACUGCAAUGUAAUUCUGUUUGGCUACAUGUAGUCAACAUAUCAGUUCUUUCCUAUCUUUGCAGGAGGUUGUGCUCACCCAGUCAGUUAUUCUUAACACUUUAUCUUAAUGGGGAUUGGCCUCCUUGAGGAGACAGUGGGCAGGCAAGUGAUUUUGAAAUUCUACUUCAGGUAGACAGUACAAGGAAAAUUUGUGUAUUUAUUGGUUCCAAAUGUACCAUGAACACUGGAAAUGGGAGUUGGCUAUUCUCUCUCCCCACCCCCCAACCAUUCAUCAAGAUCAUAGCUGUCCAACCUUGACACAAGUUUCCUAUCCUUCUCUGAUAUCCUUGGUUAUUUUUGUGUUCUGAAACCUCUCCAUUGGUAGGUUGCUAGGCAACUUGGCUCAGUGGACUGGGAGGGCCUGUUCUGCACUGUAUGUAUAAAUUUGUUUUGAAUGCAAUCAGUGACUGCCACUCUUGAGUGAAGAAAUUUCUCCUCCUUUCAGUCUGGCAGUUAAUGCCUAGUUCUAAGCUCCAGGGAAAACAUGUUGCCUGCAUUCAAUCUGAGACUUGUGGUGUUAUUGUGCUUUCCCGGUAAGGUUACUUAUUCUAAAGAGACCCAGCUACCCAAUCUUUCCAUUUCAGACUUGACAUCCUAGGGCUCAGACUGGUGAGUCUUCAGAGAGACAAGACCUUAUUAAUGCUGGAAUACGGAACAACAAAUAAGCUGCUGACAGAACUGUCGUUAGCAGUAUCUACAGAGAAACUUGGUCAAUGUUUCGAGUCAAAAUCCUCAAGUCUAGACUGAAGGAUCUCAACCUAAAACAUGCCCAUUUUUCUCUGAAAAUGCUGCCUUGCUGAGUUCUGCUUGUAGCUGCUCUUGAUAAUCUUCUCAUUCUCUAUCAAUUACAUGCCUUUUCCAUCAGAUGAGGUACAAAGUAUCAGAAAUAAUAACUGGUGUAUGUCUGUAUGCUUUCCAUUUGGAGGAAUGCUUCACAUCUUAAAUAAGUUUCUGGCAUUGAAAAAAGCCAAAAACAGUGAACUCCAAUUGUUGAGGCAACUGGAAUCAUAUCAAUGAGGAUAUUGCAAAUAGAAUAGUUUAAAGCUUUUUACUUCAUCUACUUCUGUUAGAAUGUUUGUCAAAAGCAGUGAUCUGAUUUCAUUGGAAAAUUUGGAAUAAAAUACUAGAAAAAUACCUAUUUUGCACAAAGUGAAACAAACAUUUUGUGUAUUUUUAAGUGUGAGCAAUCAUUUAAAUCUGCCAUCUUGAUCUCAAUGGGUUUAAUCCUCCAAUUUGUCUCAUGAUCUCCCAUUUCCCACCUCCAAUGCAUCUGAAAGCUGAUGACCUUUGUGCCAGUGCUACUGGUUGUAACCAUGUGAGCAACACUCUUCUAUUCCACUACAGUAUAUAUCCACUACUAGAAUGAGACACCUGCACCAACAAGUAAUUGUUUUCUUCAGAAUUUAGUUUUUGAAUGAUAAAGCAAAAAAUCAGUUCAACCUCAAGGUUCCUGUAGCUGAUUCUAAUUGAUUAUCUUAACUGAAUUCACUUAGAUUCCCCCCCUCCCCUUUUUUUUAUUUGGUGCAAAAGAGCAAUUACUUUUUACUUAAAUGGCUAUAAACUUCAUUUCAUCUGCAAAGUUCCUUGAGAGCCUGCUACUGAAUGACUGGAAGGAGAAAUUGAUCAAAAGCUAACAAGCACUGCUGCUGAAUAUCCUGGGCUUAUUUUGUAACCUCACAAAUGAUUUUGUUCAGUGAGAAUGGAACACAAACCUAGAGUCUGAAUUCCUACAGUAUUCUGCUCAUUGAUGUUAGUAGACUAAAAUAAAAUGUAUUUGCCUUGAAGGGUAUUGUCUGUGCACAGAUUGAAAGUGUUCUUCCCUGCAAUAAAGCUUGGAAUUAUUAUCUCAUGAA